AUGAGCGACACGAGCGGAUCGGGCAAGAGUCCGGCGCCCAAGGCUAAGCCAGAAGGCAGCAAGUUGCUGGAUGAAGGGUCCAAGGCCGUUUUCUUUGACUUGGAGAAUGAAGAUGAGAAACAGAACGACUUCGAUAGAAUCACAAAGCGAUACAACGCCCUGGAGUCGGACUUUGAGGCCAUGGUGCUGGAGAAGGAGGUCCAGAUACAUGAGCUGAAGGUCUCGCUCGAACUGGCCCAGAAUCGAUGCCAGCAGCUGGAGCCGGAGAACCUGAAUAGCCACAUGGAGGAGACCCUGGCUGAGCUCAGUUCCCUCGAUGAUCUGUUGCUCAAGAAUAAUAUGUCUCGCGUGGGCCUCAGUCGCGCCGAUCGCAUUGGCGAACUCAAUGAGGAGCUGCCUCGGGCCAUGGGCAGUCCCCAAAGCCUGACAGAUGAUCUGCAAAAGCUACUGGAAGAGCGGAACAAGGAGCUGCUCCUGCUGCGUGAGCAGGAGCAGGAGGCACUACGUACUGUGACCACAUUGACUGAACGGGAUGCGCUGCGCAAUCGCCGCCAGAAGGCCGACAGCCAGCUGAAGAGCAUUCAACUGGACAUGCUGCAAUUGAGCGAGGAAAACAAGCAUCUCAAACAGGAAUGUGAUCGGCUGAAGGAGGACAACUGGCGCAUGUCCACGAAGCGGGAGACAGCGGAUGCGCUGCGCCUGGAGCUGGAUCGGCACCAAGGCCUCUUGGUGGCUGCCCAAACGGAGGUGGAUCGACUGACCCAGCUGCACUCAGAGACCUCACACGAGAAGGAUGUGCUCAGCUACGAGCUGCAGGAGCAGCGCGAACAAAUCGCCAAGCUCGAGCAAAGUCUACAGAGCGUAGAGUUCAAUGCAGAGCAGCAGGCCAAAAGGCUGGCGUCGGGAGAAGAAGAGUCUGCAGAGCGAGCUGCAGCAGUUGCAGAGCGAGCUGCAGCAGUUGCAGGCGAAAUGCUGCAGAAGAGCAACAAGAGGCAGGCGAAAAUCCUAAAGGAACAGGAGCUGCAGCUCACGCUGCAGAGCCCCUGCGCUCGCACCCCAGCUAUGGACAUUUCCACCACGCAGCAGAGUCUGCUCAUGGCGCUCAAGGAGAAUGCCGAGCAAUUCAAGGAGUUUAUCAAUCAGCAGGAAAAGCAGGACACCAGUAUUGAUGCCACGCCCACCCAUUCGAACAUGAAACAUUUUGGUUAA